ACACUCACGUUCCCCGAGCCCUAGAAAAAACACCUUCAACUCCUUCAAUGUUAAAACUCCACAAUUAAACGGGCUAGGAGCAAAAAAAAAAACAAACAGAGGAAGACAAAAGCCGCUUUCGUAAUUUCUACGCACCAAUCGUGUAGAAACCAAUAACGGAAUACAAGGGACAGACAGAUUCAGGCAAUACUUCAAUACUGUUAUGAAGCGAGAAUGAGUAGCGCAGAAAACAGCGGGAGCAAGUGCUCGUCGGGCCCGAUUUCCAGCUUUACCAUCCAGUCCAUUUUAGGCACGCCGUCCGAUGCGCCGCGCUCCGGGAACAAGGAGCUCUCCAAGGGGCCACCGCCACCGCCGCGGAGGCGCUCACUGUCGGUGUCCUCCGAGGAGUGCAGCGGCGGGGAGGACUCAGCAGACUGCUUCUGCUCCGACACGGGUCACAGCGAGCCAUGCACCCAGCACCGAGCCCAUAACUUCUGUUUAGGUCCCGCUAAAGGACUUCUGUCUGCGAAAGACGGGCUCGCGCGACGGCCGCACCUGCCACAGCCUCUGCUGCAGGAUUAUAAGGAGGAGCAGGAGAGACCGUGCCAUCAAAUGUCACCUUUGUCGGAGGAGAGACACACAGACGGUGCGGACAAGCAGGGCAACUCAGCCAAGAAGAAGACGCGCACGGUUUUCUCCCGGAGUCAGGUGUACCAGCUGGAGUCCACCUUCGACAUGAAGCGGUACCUGAGCAGCUCGGAGCGGGCCUGCUUAGCCUCCAGCCUGCAGCUGACGGAGACUCAGGUCAAGACGUGGUUUCAGAACAGGAGGAACAAAUGGAAACGGCAGCUAUCAGCUGAACUGGAGGCGGCCAACAUGGCACACGCUUCCGCACAGACACUAGUGGGGAUGCCGCUGGUUUUCAGAGAUAACUCCUUACUGCGUGUUCCGGUUCCCCGGUCUAUCGCCUUUCCGACGCCCCUUUAUUACCCGGGGAGCCUGUCAGGGUUACCUUUAUACAACCUGUAUAACAAGAUUGAGUACUGAUUGACUCUGCUGUAUGUUCACCACUACAGUCCACGUAAAAAACCGCAUUACAAAACACUACAACCUUCUUAUAAGUGUCUCCACAUAACCCCUGUAUAUUAAUUGUAUCACUUUAUUUGUUGAGGAAAUUUUUAUUAUGCAGCAACUGUACGUCUCACAUGAAACAACCAAGCUUCCCUGAAUGUAUAAAAUACACCAUGUGUAUAAUUAAUAACAAUCAUUUUUGUAUUUUUUUAUUUUCCUUCUCCUCCUUUAACUCAUUAAAUAAUGGAGUUUAACAUUCAUAUCACAUUCAAGAAAAAAUGGACUCCACAAAAAAUGCUUUUACACUGUUUUUAUUCAUAAUUGGUUCGUCACAUAUAUUGCAAAGCAUCAGUCAUUUUAUUUCACCUAACAGGAAAGACAUAAUCAUUCCAUUUAAGGAAAAAUAUCAUUGUUUCUAUUGUAAUUUAGACCUUCAAUAAUAACCUUCUCAUUCAAUAAAUUUUCUAUUUCAGUGAA